CUGGCCACAGAAGCUGUGUAGGAAAUAUACCUCACCUUCUUCUUCUUCUUCUUCCUCUUCUUUUGUUUGCCUCCUCUUCAAGGAAAAUUUAUGUACCGAACAAAAAAGCAAAAGGAGGGGGAAAACUAGAGAGAGAAAGUAGAGUGAGAGAGAGAGAGGUAGAGAAAAGUUUGAAGGAUUAAUUUUCAUACAUCGUCAUGGCGAGGAACGGCACCGUUUCGUGGCGGAGGAGGUCGGAGAAGGUCGACGGGUUUGAAUUCUCGCCGGUUGAUUCUGAAGAGGUUCACGUUCUCGCCGUCGACGACAGCCUCGUCGAUCGGAAGGUCAUCGAGCGUUUGCUCAGAAUCACUUCUUGUAAAGUUACGGCCGUGGACAGUGGAAGAAGGGCUUUGCAAUUCCUCGGAUUGGACGAGGAGAAGAACUCCUCUGUUGGCUUUGAUGGUCUGAAAGUGGAUCUGAUCAUCACUGAUUACUGUAUGCCUGGAAUGACCGGUUAUGAGUUGCUCAAGAAGAUCAAGGAAUCGUCUACUUUCAGACAGAUACCGGUGGUGAUUAUGUCAUCUGAGAACGUAUUGGCGCGUAUAGACAGAUGUUUGGAGGAAGGGGCAGAGGAUUUCAUAGUGAAGCCGGUGAAGUUAUCGGACGUGAAGAGGCUCAGGGAUUACAUGACGAAAGAGGUCAAAAUGGGAAAUGAUGGGACUGGUGGGGCCAACAAACGGAAGCAACGAGAGUCGUUCGAUCUGUCAUCAUCACCGCCGUCCAUUUUGUCGUCAUCGCCGCCGUCGUCGUUAUCGUCGCCUUCUUCGCCGUCUCCGUCGCCUUCGAGAUCACCUUUGUCGUCGUCGCUAUCGGCGCCUUCCUCGCCGACGUCGUUAGAUUCCCCAAUCCGACGGCUCAAAACGACCAACACUGAUUAGAUCAUCAGCCUAAACUAUCCAUAGAUGAAGAACCCUGCAAUAUCUGCAAUUUCCUUUUUUUUUUUUUUCCCUCUUUUGGGUCAAAAUGCAAUUACCCGUUAGUCUUAACGGUUUUUGUUGCACUGCCAUUUUUUUUUUUCC